AUGCAUAACGGGAGUAGCUGCAAUCAACAACUCGGUCUGAUCGAAUUGAUACGGAUUGGCCUAAUCCACAGUCCCUCAGGUCGUCUCUUGACCUCGGAGACUUUUCAGGGUUCGCUUAAUGUCUCGGGUGUUUCGUUGAAGCGCAAGCAAAUCUGGACACUCUACACGGAGUCAAAAAACCCUACCGCCUUCCUUCUGCAAAACCAUUUGGGAAACUUUCUCAGUGCUGACAAUAAUGGCAAGGUUACCCUGGUCUCAGACAAACCAGGCACGGAGGAACGCUUCAUCAUUCAUUUCGAACCCCGUGCUUCGGGUGAAAUUGCACUGCAGUCGGAGAAGCAUGGGUUCUACCUUCAAUGGAGUGGCACAGAAAUGCGGUGCUUCUCCAAGGAACCGGUUUGGUGGGGUAUGCGCCUUGGAAUGCAUCCACAGAUCCACCUACACAGUGUGCAUCGCUCCUGCUUCAUUCGUAGUGCCAAUAAGGAGAGCGAGUUGCGCGCAGUAGCAAAGAUGCCUUGCAGCCCUAAAUUUCUUCUCUGGCUACAGCAGCUGCCUCUGCCGCCCGCUUCGGGUGCUGGAGUUGGGACCUCCUCCAAGGAGGCAGUGGCUCGCCUCUCGCGUGUUGCUAUACGCACCCAGUCGGGUCGAUACCUUCGUGCUGACAGCAGUCUAGUGAACAGCAUCGAGGAGGCAUCACUCUUUGCCAUGUCAUUUAAACCAGGUAGAUCGCAAGUGGUGAUGUUCCAGGAUGUGAAUGGCGAGUACCUAACUGUUGGAGCGGGUGGUGUUCUCAAAGUCAAGAUGGGAGCUCGGGAGCCCCGCAGAGAGGAGUUUUUCUCAAUUGAGACGCCCUCCAAUCAAGUCCGUCUCUGGGCCUGCAACAACAAGUACGCGUGCAAUAAACACGGUUUAACCUUCUCCACCACUAUGGAGGAGCUGGAAGAUCAAAAGAGCACCCUCUACCAGUUAGAGUACGUGGGCGGUCGAGGUCCAGAUAUGACGGACAUUGUGAAUGCUGCUUCCACACCCUCGAUGGAUGCCUCAUCGGCGACUUUCGGUUUUGACGGGACAGAUGAGGGUGCCACCUACCUAACUACAGGCCUCUGGCGUCUGCGCUCUCAGGACCGACGUCUAUGGCAGAUUCUACCCACCGGUUCGGCUGAGCUAGCUCCUGAAGACUGCACAAAAGACACUACCUUCGAAAUUCUCUACAUACCAAGCUACAUGGAAGACAGUACUAACAACAGUGGUGGAGUUGAGGGCAAAGGGCGCGUAAACAUUCGGGGUGGAGUGGUGUUGCGCACCCUCGAUGGUGCGACGGUAUGCGCGAAGCCAUUGGGAGCUAUCGGUAUUUCUGACAAACGUACCGACUCUGCCAAUUGGCAGCCAGGUCCAUCGGAGGUGCUGCACCUAUUGCCACUGAUUAAUCGAACAUCCAUCGCUUGCUACUCACCGUUUGCCUGCGGAUUCCUCGCACCCUCUGUUGGCACUGCCACCCGCCGAUCAAGUGUUGGUGCCGCCUCAACCGUUGAUUGUACUGGUUGUGUACCCCAACAAUGGUUCUUACGACAUCUCAUUGCUGGCACGGUACAAUUCUUUACUAGGCAGAACGAUAGGUGGAUGGUAUUGAGCGUCACCACACAAGGCAACGUUACCUUGACACCAAGUGAAACAGGUCCUGACGAGGCCGAGGCUGGAGCCGGAACGGGAACUGGGUCAAACUCCGAGACUGAGUUUGUAAUCUUCAUGACCAACGAUAAGUACGCCCUUUUGCGCCCUCUCCUCUCAGUUGGGAGUGGACAGCGUAGACCCGCCUUCCUUGCUGCCAAUCUCCAAGGUGGCGUCAAACUGGAUGUCUCUGGCACCAUUACUCCUGGUUGCGUUUGGCAGAUCUAA